GCAUGCGCGCGUAUAAAAGCGUGGAGAAGGCGAACGCUUCUUUCUCAACGUGGACGUUCGUCGCUAAGGAUGGCUCCGAGAUACGAGUUGGCCGUCGGCCUCGACAAGGGUCACAAAACGACGAAGAUCCGCGUGGCCAAGAGCAAAUCCGAGAAGGAGAGGACCGUCUGCCUGCGGCCGUCCAGGCUAAAAGGGAAGCAGACCAAGCACAGCAAGUUCGUGCGGGACCUGAUCCGGGAGGUCACAGGACAUGCUCCUUAUGAAAAGCGCGCCAUGGAGUUGUUGAAGGUGUCGAAGGAUAAACGCGCCUUGAAAUUCUUGAAGAGACGGUUGGGUACACACAUCCGUGCCAAGAGGAAGCGGGAGGAGCUUGGAAAUAUCCUAGUACAAAUGAGGAAAGCAGCAGCUGCUCAUCAUUAAUUAUUUCCAUUAAAAUUGUAAACCGCUAUAUAAUACUUGAAUAAAUAAUAUUUCGCUAUCGAGAGAUGCAUUAUUCGAGAA